AGCCAACGUUUUUAGUCACUCAACAACACCCGAAGAAUUUGGACGCUUGUCGUUCCUUGAGAAUUCUCGGCGUUUUCGUGGUGCGAUAGCGCAUUUUUUGAAGGAGACUUAUUGCUGUUAAUAGUUGUGGUGUGGUGGAUGAUAAGUGCAUAAAGCUGAAAUUACAUAAAAUUGCAUUUUUUGCGGUGGAACAAUUCUGAGUAAAAAAAAUUGGUUGUGCUGCAUAUUCCCAAAAGAGCUUUGUGGAAAUUCCAAGAAGAAGAAAAAUGCAUCAAUCGUGCCGAAGUCACCAAGAAGUUGGUGGAAUGCUGUCUACGGCAAAAAUAGAUUUUGCUCUCGAUGUGAAAAGUGUUGCGGGACUCUUUUAGUGUGGAGAAAAAGAAGGAACUCUUGAGUGCCACCACUUCAUGUGCUGUGUACCCUGCCCUUCCGAAACAUCAAAGUAAGAUACACAUUAAUCCCGUGUAGUCCCUCAAUUUUUAUGUGAUUGUCUACUUUUUAAGUUCUUCCCCCCCAAACUGUGACCGUGAAAAUUUUCCCUCUGUGAGACAUUUCCUAUCUCUCUUAUUUCCACGGAUUUUUCCAAGGAAUUUCCCAAAAAAUUUUGAGAUUUCCUUGAAUUAUUUUCUUUGCACAUCACAAGAAAAAUCACAACAUCCUGUCCUAUGGAGAAUUUUUAAAAUUUUAUUCAGUGUGCGUCGUCCUUGGACCUUCACCCUUAUAUACCUACCAUCUAUCCUUCUCUAAUAUUCUCCUAAUAUUUUUAACCGUUUGAAACAUCUUAUUAAUUAAAAAAAAAAAGAGUCUUUUAAAUAAAUUCCUUGAUAAAUUCUUUUUAUAUAUAUUUUUUUUGUUAAGUAAAAUCCUUUCAUGGUUCAACAUAUCCAUUUCCUUAUGAUCUUGUGAUUGUCUUUAAACUUCCUAUAUUUCUGAGAUUUUGUCAUUGACCAAAGCUCUUGAUCUUCCUACUGUUUACCUUCGUUAAAAAGCUCCUAAUCUUCCUACUGUUUGUCUUUGUGAAAUACUCCUUAUCUUCCUAUUGUUUGUCUUCGUUAAAAAGCUCCCAAUCUUCCUACUGUUUGUGUUUGUUAAAAAUCCCUGAAUUUCCUCGUGUUUGUCUUCGUCAAAAGUUCCUAAUUUUUCCUACUGUUUGUAUUUGUCAAAAGCUCCUACAUUUCCUAUUGUUUGUCUUUGUCAAAAGCUCCAAAAGUGUUUGUCUAAAAUUCAAAUAUCCCGAUCGUCCUACUAUUUGUCUCUGUAUCAGAAACCCUUGAUCUUCCUAUUGUUUGUGUUCGUUAAAAAGCUCCCGAUUGUCCUACUGUUUGUGUUCGUCUAAUUCUCUCAAAAAAUCCUACUGUUUACCUAGAUCAUUUUCGUGUGAAAUCCUUUAUAAAACCUUCUGUGUCUUCGUUAAAAAAAACUCCCAAAUUUCCUACUGUUUGUCUUCGUCAAAAAGCUCCAUAACUACCUAUUGUUUGUGUUCGUCAAAUUCCUCUGUUAACAAUUUUGUGUAACCUUAAGUCCUUAAAAAAAAUUGUUGUGUAUUGUCUUUUAACCCUUUAAGAUCACAUUGUGUCCGUGUCAUUAAAAAGCUCCCUGUGAUCUUUCAAAGCUCCCUGUGAAUCGUUAAAAUCUCCUAAAUAUCCUUGUGUUUGUGAACUUGUCUAAAACCCAUUGAAAACCUCUGUUAAUCCUUUGUAAAACCUGUGUUUAAACCCUAUUUUGUCUUCGUUAAAAGCUCCCAGUGUUCGUCAAGUUUCCCCAAAAAAAUCCUAUUGUUUGUGUAAUCGUCAAAAAUUCCUCCCUUUGUCGAGAAAUAUUUUAUAAUAUUUCAUCUAUAAGAAUCCUCUGUGUUUUCGUCAAAAAACAUCUUUCGUCAAAAGCUCCCAAAAACUACUUCCUUCGUCAAAUUCCCACAACAAAGAAAAAUAUUAUUUGUUUAACAAUCUCACCUGAACUAACCAAUUCCCAUAGCUCCUCCCCAACUGUGUGUGUGUUCUGUCACAAAUUCCCCCGAAGCAUCCCCAUCAGGAAAACAACCCCAAACUUAACGAAACCCCCUUUCAAUCCAUCCCACCCACCAUCCUAAACCAUGUCUCAUGUGUUUUAUGUGUUUCUCGUGGUAUGUCACAACCCAUGAGAAAUCCUUGUGUUUCGUGUAAGUAAAAUUUCUGUUUCUUUUUCUCACCACCACCCCCACCACCAAAAACAUCCUACCGCCUCCCAGAACAAUUUUCCCGUCUACCGUGUAUACCACUACUGUGUGUGCCCUGAGAAGUGACUCAAAGACACCACCAUAUAGCACAUUAUCUGUGGCUUGUGCAGAAGUUAUCUGGUGAUUCUCAAUUGUGCAAAAUUACAUCGUCGGUAAAUAUCAGGGGGCCUCUGUGUGGGAGACUACCACCGACCGAAAACCCUAUAUGCUGUGAGAGACUUUGCUUGAAGAAAACAUCUGUAUACGAGAAACGCCAGCAGCACAAGAACUAAAUAAACGUGGGGAUUACUGAUUGACGUGACUGUGCGGACACACAAAUUGAGCCAAGCUGAGGAUCCUUUCAUCUGUCGUCCAAUUUGUGACAUACUGCCAUCGAAGCUAUGAGAUGUGGAAAGCUCCAUUGAUCGGGGGUUCCACCAGCUGUUGAACAUACAUACACUGCGCUGGGAUUCCAUAUUAAUAGGGUUGACGAGAGAGCUUUUUUGCGGAGGUACAUCCAAUCCACCUGACAGAAACAUCACACAAAAAAUGGGAAACAUGAACAACAUGCUGAUUGUCUUCAGUUUCAUCCUCCUCCUGGGCACAAGUGCUGCAUUCUGCCCAUCCAAAUGCACCUGUGAUGGAGAUAAAUAUCUCAGAGCAUCAUGCGUAGAUGCCGGCCUGGAGGUAGUACCAAUUCAACUGAAUCCCGAAGUGAAGUCCAUCAAUCUUGCCAAGAAUCUCAUCACCAGCGUCCACUACACGCUAUCCUUCUACAUGAGUCUCGAGAAGUUGGAUCUCUCACAGAAUCGCAUUGAGUCGCUGGGUGGGAAGAAUUUUGAGUAUCAAUAUGAUCUGGGUGUGUUGGAUUUGAGUCGAAAUCUCGUGGGUAGUCUGGGCAAGGAUGCCUUCCGGGGGCUGAAGAAGCUACGAGCUCUGAAUUUGAGUGACAACUUCAUUGAAGGUAUCCACAGUAAUGCCAUGGCAGAUCUAGUUUCACUCGUGGAGCUGGAUCUCACCAAUAAUCGCAUCAUCAGCUUCGAGGAUUCAACAUUCCAGAAUUUAAGUGCAUUGGAAGUACUUCUCCUUGAGAAUAAUCAAAUCUUGGAGGUGCCAACGAGUAAUUUGCUGUACUGCCACCAAUUGCGGCAUCUCGAUCUCACCCGGAACUUCAUUGAAUCCGUCCGCAAUGAGAGCUUCCUUGGGCUCAGACACCUCGAGCACCUGGAGCUCGAUGAUAAUGUCAUCAAAGAUGUAGAUGUAGACGCCUUCACGGGAUUAGUGGCUCUCACAUGGCUAGAUAUAGCUGACAACAACCUCACAGUGAUGCCAACUGUACAAUUGUCGAAGCUGUCGAAUCUAACGAAUUUAUCCCUGAGUGGAAAUAGUUUCUCAUAUUUACCCGCGGUGGCACUAUUGAAUUUGUUCAACUUGCGGGAAUUGCACCUCGAUCGUCUCGAGCGCCUGACUCGAAUUGAUUCACGGGCUUUUGUGGACAAUACACAUCUCCAGCUAAUCACGCUGGAUGCCAAUCCGGCUUUCUGUGAUCUACCACCGCGACUCUUUCACGGGAAUCCCAAUCUCGUGGACAUCUCAAUGCGCAGCAAUGGGUUGAUGACGCUCGAUGCAAUCCAAUUCCCACUGGAUCGACUACGACGAUUGCAUCUGGCUGAAAAUCCACUUGAGUGCAAUUGUUCCCUCCUUUGGCUGUGGCGCCUCGUGCACGAGGAAGAGGCGACGGAUGUGGGUGCUGAAGCAGCAGCCACCGGUGAGACUCUCACAUUCGAUCGUGAUGCAAUCACAUGCGACGUGCUGGAGGACAACGUACGCACCCGCAGACGUUUGAUAGAUAUGUCUGAGGGUGAGAUUCAAUGCCCAGCACGCCUCGUGACGAUCGUCUGUGCCAUCCUCACGGUUCUCCUUGUCACAAUGGCGGGCGUGAGUGUGGUGCUGUACGUGCAAUUUGCACGACGACGGAAGCGUAUGAUUGAGGAGCGAAAGAAUGUAAAUGAGCGCAUUGUGCCGCAACAAAUUGACAAGAUGGAGCUUGAGCGCUACCUCCAGGCACAGGCACUCACGAGUGAGUACCGCACGCUCCGUCCGUGGGAGAUUCCCAUCAAGGAGGCUGAUCGCGAGGAGCCAGAUCACUAUGAGAAGUUUGACUAUUUCGACCACCGCCGCAUGCCACCCCCCAAGGCAGCCCCCGCACCCCACGUUGUCUACGUAUGACUCCCAGGAAUUGGUCACACUAUUCACAGGUAAAAUGUGAUUGGAUCCAAUGGGCAUCUGUACAUUAAUCCAGCACUCCCUCUCUAUCCCCAAAAAAUCCGCAUAUCCCAUUCGCAACUGCAGCAAGUCUCAGCGCGGAGCUUUAAGCUCACAUUUGCGUGAAUUUUGAUCAAUUUCUGAUCAUUCUCUGUGUACAUAAAUCAGUUAGAUUGUUUCAAUUUAGCUAAUAAUUAAAAUAAAUAGAUUUUUGUGAAUUAAGCAUAAGAUUAGUUAAAGUUUUUCUUUCUUCAAGAAAGAGUUUAAAAUAUUUUAGUUUAUUAAGUUUUUUCUUAAGGUGAAAAUUCUGGCACUCGUUUUGAAUGAAAUUGUUGAAUUUUCCUUAAUUUUCCUUUUAUUUAUGUGACCUUCAUAUUCUUUAUUUUGCUUUUUUCAUCAUCCAUCAAUCUACCCUAAAACAUUCCAAUUCAAGGAUAUUUUUCUAUAAAUUAUGAUUUUCUUUUAACAUUAAUUAUCUUUUGAAAACUUUGGUCUUUUCAGUUAAAAUUUGUAUAAAAAUCGAUUUCUUUUAAAAAUAUUUUGAUAUCUUAUGGAUUUAGUCUUGAAAGAAUUAUGUCUUCUUCUCUUCUAAGAAGAUGGAGUCUAUUUAUUUUUUGUUUGUGCUAUAAUUUCUAAUACAUUCGAAAGGACAAAUCCAGACCGACUUUCCAAUUUUUACAAUUGGGAAAAAUUGGAUUUUUUUUUUUCAAAAAUCUGGCCCUGCUUUACAUAAUUUGCUUUCACUAAAAGCAUAUGCGUUGAUGCUUUGAUCCAAUGCUUUCGAAGAAAAACAUUCGAAGCUCUGAAGCAUAUGUUUUAAGCUAUUUAAAUGCAAAAUUAGACAAAAAAAAUUGGAGCGUUAUUUUUGAGCAAAUCUUUAUCAAUUUUUCUUUGCUUUGAGAUGAAUAUUAAAGAGUUGUUCUAACUGCCUAAAAAUAUUUAUUUUUCUUCAACAAUAUUUCUUUGUGUUUGAACUAUCUUCAAAUAAAAGCCUAUAUCAUGAAUAAAUAUGAAUAAACAUCCUUUAUUUUUUGAAAACAAUGCCUUUAAUGUCUCAGUUCUUCGCCUUUAAACACAAAAAAUCUAUUAAAUAAUCACAAAAAGCCAUCAAAAGGGUGCUCUAGAGCAAGAAUAUAUAUUAUUUUAAAUUAUUAAGAAAUUGCAUUGCAAAAAUGAAAGCUUGAAGCAGUUGUGAAUGGGAUGUGCCAACCAUGACGAAGAAAAUAUUUAUAAAUUUUUCUUGAAUAAUUUAGCUGAUGAUGUGCAAAGACAAAGUGCAAAAUGUAAUUGACAAAAAAAAGGAAAGCAAAAGUUAAAAAAAAAAAUAGAAAAGGAGUGACGAUCGAGAAGCAAUAAAAAUGAAAAUAAAUAAUUUAAAAAAAAAUGAGCAAACGUGAAGUGACGUGAGGGUGAAUGAAAAUAAUUGAAUAUAUUAACUAUUUUCAUAUUCUAUGAGGGAUUUGUAUAAAAUAUUUAUAGAGAACAAAAAAGUGGACAAUUUAUUAAUAAUCGUAAAUUAGAGCGGAAUCCAGCACAAUCACAGAGUGAAAUUCUGAUCCACCUCCCCCCGGAAAACACCUAAAAACUUAACCACACACGCCAGGAUCAUUUUCAGUGGGAUUAGUGGGAAUGAAAUACACCGAAAUUAAUUUAACCCACUCGCAUUUAUCACACAGUCGCGGAUUUAUCUGCGGGGAUUCUUUGUGUAUAUUUUCAUUUAUUUUAAUGCCUUUUUAUGUGAAUUGCGGGGGGAGGGUACACACGCAUAGUCCGCCAAUUUCAUAAUUGAGCGACGUGGAAUUAAUUUUUCAGGAUCAUCCCCUAUUUUCACCCAAAAACCCCCACAGGGUUGUCCCUACCCCAAAACCCCGAAAAAAAACCAAGUAUAUAAAUCAGAAAGGUUUGUAAGUUAAAUACAUAAUACAAAGGGAUACGGACCACUUGAAUUUUGUUGCUACAUCCUAAAAAAAAAGAAACCUUUUUUAUGUACAUUUAGGAGAAAGGAAUUUGUGGGAAGAAAUGGAAGAUUUUAUGAGAGAAAAAAGAAUCAAUAAAAAUCUCUAGAAUAAAAAUAGGUAAUAAAAUAUUGUUGAAUGAAAUAUUGAAGAAAAAAAAAAGAAAUUCUAUUAUGUAUGUUCAGUUUUCGUGGCUGCAGCCCUCCGUAUCUUCAUUUCCAUAUACAAAAUUCCACAGAAUUUUACAACACUCAAAUUCCUCCGUGAAUCCGUGCAUCUUCUAACUUUCUCCCCUUUUUGCAUGGAGGGAGAGAAUAUAAAUUGGACAUUGUUGCGAUAGUGGAGUCACAGACACGCUCGCUGUGGUGACUUUUGCAAUUAGAAGUGGAGAAACUGUAUAAUUUUUCAUGCUUCCACUGAUGCCACACGUUUUAUAUAUUCACCUCCCUCAACCCCAUGAACAAAUGGCCGUAAAAAGUUCCGCAAAAAGGGUACAUCAUUGAGCGAAGUAAAAUACAUUUGUUUCCUUAAAGAAAUUUUGGCGUUUCUGAAGAAUUCAAAAAGUUGAUUUUAACGAUUUUGUAGGUAAUUUAUUUACUUACAAAGAUAUUUUGCAAAAAAAAAACUAAUUUUUCAUUAACAUAAUUAUUUACCUUGGUUAAAAAAAUGUUUUAGAUAAUGGUUAAUUGAGGUUAAUAAUACAUAAACUAAAGUUGAAAGAAUAAUUAACAUUUAUUAAACCUGUCAUACGUAGUGAAAGCUUUUAUGAGGGCAAGAAAAAACAUUCUUUCUGGUUUUUUUCCGAACAUUCAGUUUUAGAGAAAUCUGAAUUGUUUUUAAUAUUCAAUUAAUGAAAUCUUAUUUUCCGACGGAUUAUCUUUUAGAAAAACCAAAAAAUUCAUUUAGAAUGUCUUCUGAGUCAUCCAGAAAAAGACAAAUUAUAUUUUUCCGGAAGUUGAACAGUAAAGAAAUCUAAAUAGCUUUUAAUAUUCUGCUAAUAAAAUCUUAUUUUCCGUCGUCUUAACUUUUAAAUAAAGCCCAAAAUUCAUUUGGAAUAUCUUCUAAGGCAUCCGGAAAAAAUCAAAAAAAAUUUCCGGAAUUUGAAUUUUAAAGAAAUCUUGAUGUUUGUAUUCUUUAUAAUUUUUUUCAUUGUCUGUACUUUAAGAAAAAGCUAAAAUUCAUUAAGAAUAUUUUCUGAUGCGUCCGGAAAAGGACAAAUUAUAUUUUUCCGGAAGUUGAAUUUAAGAAAAAUCUUGAUGUUUUUCUUUGUAUUCUUCAUUAAAUUUUAUUUUUCAUUGUCUGGACUUUUAGGAAAAUGGUAAAAAUUAGUUAAAACUAUUCCGAAGUCAUUCGGAAAAUGAAUGAAAAUAAAAUUUUCCGGAAAUGUAAUAAAAUGUGUAAAAAAUUACGAAAUAAAAAUUAAUAAAUGGAGUAAAAUAUUAAACACAAAAACAGAACAAAUAAAGUGUUUCAAGCAAGAGUCAGUGAACGAUCAAUGAUCCAUUGAACGUUAAAUUUUCAUUUACCAAUACUCGUAAAAAAAUGAAUAAUAUUAUUGUUAUUGAUCAAUAUUCACAAAUAUUCAUAAAUAUCAAGCAAGAAAUAUAUUUUUUUUAUAAUAAACCCUAUUGAACCUCUAAAAUUUCAACGACAAAUUAAUUAAUUUCUGAACAAUAUUUUAUCAAGAAAAUAAAUUUUGUGUUGUUUUAGAGCUCAAUGAGUACCCCCUUGAUGCCAUAACUCUGAUGCGAUCAAUUUCAAUCGCAGCGCCCAAAAACACGGAAAUUACUGAUUCCCCGAGACAGUGGGGGAUGGAAAAUGAUAUGCAGAGACUUUUAGCAAGGGCGGUUAAGGGGGGAGGGGGGAGGGAUGAACAAAGACGUAUGCAGGGAAGGAAGGGGAUUGAUUUGCAUUUUAAACAAUUGAAAUAAUUAAUUUGCUCCAUUGUCUGACGCGCUGUAUUCUGGAGUGUAGAAAAUUUUAAAUUGAGUUUUGUGAUGGCAAGGAGAGGACUUGUCCCAGCCGCACCAGGGGGCUCCAAGGGGGGGAUUGAUAUAAAAAUUCAUGAAGUGGUAAAAUGUGAGUUGGAGUCCCUUUUCGAGAGUGGCACACAAGUUUGAUGGCGCGCACAUUCCAAGUCAAGAAAAUCACAUGGAAUGGGACAAGGAUGGGAAGUCAAGAAAUCAGUGGUGUCUCUGCGAUGUGGGGGGAAAACUUUUGGUGUCUUGGUCUGCGCAAAAGGGAAAAGUUUUCUUGGAGAAAUUCAAUGUGUUCAUUGAAUGAGAUACCACCGCACAAAACUUGUACAAUUAAUCUUACUAUCAUCGUCGCAUUUUUCUUCCUCAUUUCCCUUCUCACCCACGAGGAAAGUGAAAGAAGAAACUUCCCGUCAAUGGUAUUUUAUUGAAAAGACCAUCGCAUGUACCUCCUUGCAAAGUAGAUUUGUGUAGCCGUUAAACGGUGUAGAAAGAUUUAAAUUUUCAAAAAAAAAUUCUUUUUUCAUUCAAACAUCCAAAAAUCCCACGUUUUUCACCCACAAAACCCAUUAGAACAAAAGUUUAAAAAAAAAUAAAUGUGGUGCUAAUCUAUUAAAUAAAAGGAUAAUGUGAAAAUGUAAAAUAAAAUCGUGUAUAGAUAGUUAAUAGUUUUUAAGGUAAAGAAAAAAAAAUAAAUCUUAUAAUUUGCUGCAGUCACGAAGACGUAAAUGUGUCAUUUUACAUAAGCAAAUACAGCCACACAAAAAGGACCUAUAGAAGAGCUAUAAAAAAAAGUAAUUCCCUAAUUAAAUACAUAAAUCCUUUUUAAAAAAAAUCUCUCAGAGUCCACCAGCAAAAAAAAUUGACAAUAUCUCUCGCUGAAAUAAGAAAGAAAUUGAAAUUCCUUUUGUGGCUAAAUUGACAACAAAAAUUUAUUCUAUUUUGUUCUCUUUAUAAUUUUCAUUGAAAGGAAAAUCUUCCGUUAAGAAAAGCGAUAAAACAUGUUAUAUUUCUUAUUAAAAAACAUUUAAUUAUUAUAUAUUGUAUAUUAAAAGACUGACUUUAAGCUGAAUAAAAAAAAUGAAAGAAAAAAAUUACGUUCAAAAAAUA